UGUCGAUGAUGCUCCUGUUUCAGUUCCUACUCAACAUUUGACUCUCGUGUUUGGGCGUUCAUUAUUUUGACAUUCCGCGUUACAAUUUCGUGUUGCCGAAUUUAAAUUCUGCAUUGUUUCUGAUUGCAUUGAGUGUCAACGUCAAAUUCGUAACAUGUGAGUGCUUGAGAGUGUCAGAUGUCGCCUGUUGUCUCAGUGUGAUGGUCACUUACAAAGGAUUAAAACCGCAUAAGGGGGGACUAGCACUAGCAGCUGGUUGCGGGUGGGGAUGGCAAUGAGCCUGGUGUCACCCCUUCGCAGGCGUCACGUGCUCUUCGGCUUGUUGCUUGUCUUUCUCCCCUGCAGCCUCUUCAUCAUCGUCUCUGGACCAGACAUGCGCCAAGAGCAGGCGCUGGUGCAGCGGCUGGCCGAGUUGCAGCUGAAGCUGCAGCAGCUGGACUCGACGUACAAGGCGCGCGAAGAGGACGUCUACCUGCUAGGACAACAGCUGGGCCAGCUGCUAGCCGACCCGGCGACUGCGGCCAACGCUAGCGCUGAGCUGCGGCUGCUGCUGCUGCGCAACGUAACCGGGCUGCGGCCGAACGCAGGCGGCGACAGCUCACAGCUGCUGCGGCUGCCUUCCACCUACCACUUUGUGCCGCACCUCCUUCUCAACCCGUCCAGUCUUAGGCCUGCCUACGCACUCUCCAAGGGCCGGCAAGGAGUUUCAGUGGCAUUGGGAGUGCCAACCGUGAAACGUGAAGACCAAAGUUACCUCAUUGCAACCCUACAGAACUUAUUAGAAGCCAUGUCCCAGGAAGAAGAAGAUGAUUCCCUUAUUGUUGUAUUCAUAGCUGAGACCGAUGAAGAAUAUAUUCUCCAAGUAGCAAAUGACAUCAAGCAACAUUUCGAGAAGGAGAUCGAGUGCGGUCUGAUCGAGGUGAUCGCACCGUCGCCCUCCUACUACCCGGACCUGACGCAGCUGCGCGCGACACUCGGUGACUCGCCCGAGAGAGUGCGUUGGCGUAGUAAGCAGAACCUCGACUUCGCCUACCUGAUGAUGUACUCGCAGCCGAAGGCCGUCUUCUACGUGCAGCUGGAGGAUGACAUCCUCGCCAAGCCGCACUUCCUCACCACCAUGAAGGUCACCGCCUACGAGAAGAUCGCCAACAAGCAGCCCUGGUUUGUGCUCGAUUUCUGCCAGCUCGGGUUCAUAGGUAAAAUGUUUCGAUGUGUAGAGUUACCGUGGCUUGUGCAAUUUUUCUUCAUGUUCUACAACGAUAAGCCGGUCGAUUGGCUGCUCGAUCACAUGAUCUACUCCAAAGUCUGCAACUUAGAAAAGGAUAAUGCGGCUUGUCGAAAAGCAAAAGAUGAAUUAUGGGUUCACUGCAAGCCCUCUCUCUUCCAGCACAUAGGCACUCAGUCUUCAUUGAAAGGCAAAGUUCAAAAACUUAAGGACAAACAAUUUGGGAAAGUGAAACUGUACUUCCCACAUGUGAAUCCGGAAGCCACGGUGAUGUCGACGAUGAACGCCUACAAGUUAUACACGCUGAAGCGAGCUUAUGCCGGCGAAACGUUCUUCUGGGGUCUGCUGCCUCAGGCCGGCGAUCAUCUACAUUUCAAGUUCAAAAAGCCUCUCUUCAUUAAAAAGUAUUUGUUCAAGAGUGGGAAUGCAGAGCAUCCGUCUGAUAGGUUCUACAAUGCUACAGUAGAAGUCUUGCCAGUCGUUCCUAUUCCACAGGCUGAUAAUAUUACCACAGAUGGCUACAUUGUUGUGGGUAAAUUCGAUAUAAAGGGAAUGGCGGAAGGAAGUGUCAAUCGUAAGUUGGGUGCUAUUCAAGAACUUCGACUGACAAUUCACUCAGACAGCGAUAAUUGGGCGAUUCUUAGUGAGAUGCACAUCCAGCCGGAUGACGUGAGAUGACACACGCUGACGAGACUCCGCGGGGGUCGCUCCAAACACUGACCAUGGUGCCAUAUGCCACUGACAGCUACUCUAUUUUCAAUACCCUCUUCUGGCUUCUUAGAACAAAAAUCAAAAUCGAAUCAAGUCUGUGGAGCAAAUAUCAUUAUCUUAGCGUUGUCAAGCAUAAAUUAUUAUAAAUAGUUGCAUAGCACACCUUCGUUAUAAACGAUUAUGUCCCAUAUUUUGUACAGUAUUGUAUUAUCGUAAAUGAACUGUCUAUUAUAUUAUGUGUAAUUGUAUUGUCCAUAAAGUAUAUAGGUUUAUCGUAUAUAAAUUUUGAACAUUGCCAAUCAGAGGACCAAUACCUUCUUUUCGGAAAGAACCAUUUUUAUUAGUUAUUUUUAUUGCUUUGAAGUUUUUAAUUGACCUAUUGAUACAUUAUCUAACAAUUAAUAUUUUUGUGGAAUCAAUGUUUUGGUACUUAAAUUUUAAAAUUAAUUGCACCAUAUUAUCAAUAUUGCAACACAACUUAAUUCAAUGCUCUGUCAGGUUUAUGACACAUAGGCAAGGAGUUAAUAUUGAAUUUAUUACCAUAAGAAUUCACUCUGAAUUUUAUUCUUAUUCUAUAAUAAUUUUAUUCAACUUACAAAACUCAUCAUUGCUAUUCACUUCGUUCAAUUUUUGCAACAAUUCUGGUUCUGUUUAUUGUUGUAAAAAUUGUGAAGAAAUUUUAGAAAGAAAUAUUUCGACUGAUAGGAGAACAAUAAAAUUAUUCAUUUUCAAAACAAAUUGAUUCCUAAAAAAUUAUGCGAUUUAUCAGUGAAAAUUUUAGUUCUCAAUAUUAUUCCCAAAAUAUACAGUCAUAAAAUGUAUUCAAUUGAUAUGCUCAAAAGUUUAGAUUUUGUCUUCAGUUGGAGUUAAUUAUUUUUAUUGAGUACUUGGGUACUAGGUGCUUUUAGUUGUUUAUACCUGACAGCCUCGAAUGAAUUUUAACGUUUUACUUUUAUGUGAUAUAGUCAUUAAAUUUGAAUCGUAUUAAUUAUUGUGUCAAUUAAUAAUAAUAUUGUUCGUUUUUAGACUUAUUUGUAAAUAUGUUUAGAGAGGGAAAUGAUUGGCGAGGUAAUAUUACGGAAUAAAUGGAUGGAAUUUAUUAACUAUUUUGAUAUUGUAAAUAUUUGUAUUUUGAACAAUAAUUAUAUAGCGAAUGUGAGCUCAAUUUAGUCAUUUUUAAAUACGCUUACAAGAUUUAUUUUGUUAUUUUGUUGUUAAAUGUUACUUUUUUAUUGUAAUGCUUAAUGUCUGAUAUCAAAGAUAAUGUCAUUUUAUUCAAUAUAAUGCAAAAGAUUCUUCGAAAAAGAUUGUACAGUAUAAAUCUACAGUUGAAGAUUACCGUAUAAUGGUUACAUGUGAAUAAAAAUAGAAAUCCAAGUACCCUUUUUAAAAUUAUGUAGUCACAACAUGUUUUGGCUAUGAUGCCAUUAUCAUAAUUAUUAUUAUUUUAAAAAGGGUACUUAAAUUUCUAUUUUUAUUAAUAUUCAAGAGUAGCCCUAAAGAAAAAAAGACAAUGGUUACAUGGUAUGUUUCGCAUUUCUCCUCAUUAAUCUUAUUUUUUAAAUAUAGAUAACAAUGAUUGAAAUAUUUAUUGAAUGAUAAUAAUAUACCAUAUAUUUUUUUAAUCACCAAUUUCUCUUCUAUCCCGAUCAUCCUAUCCAAAAUUAUAAUAUUUAUUUUUAUUUAUUCUAUUUCGUUAAAUCUAGGAAUACUAUUUUUCAAAAUCUCAAUUGAAGCAAACAAUUAAUCUUCAACAAAACUCAAUUAGGUACCUACUUGAUUGAUAUCAGUUUUUAUACUUUAUAAACCAUUUUCAACCACUUUUUUCGACAAUUCAUAUUUGAUAAGUUUCCAUCAGUCUCAUUGUGUAUUAUGUGAAGAAAGUAGUAAUUUUUACCCAACCAAAAUCUAUUCUCUAUUUAUAAAUCAAUGAAUAAGCAAACAAAUGAAUAAAUAUGCAGGUUUAGUGCCAUAUUUAGUUGACAAAAAUAAUCAAUAUAUGAACAAUAAAAAUGUGUUUUUCCUAAUAAUUUUACUAAUUUUCUUCCCAACAUAAAUCAACUUAGUUUUCAAAUAUCAACUAAGAAGUGCACCAAAUCUUUCAAAUCGCAGUUAAACUAUAAAAAGAGAUUUUUGAUCCCAUAUAAUGCUUUUCAAUUUUUUAGACAAUUAGUAAAUCUUACAUUUACUUGGUCCUCAUUUUAUCAUUUGAUAGGUAUGGGAAUUAUAAUCUUGUUGACAUUUAUUUUUCUAUGGCAUAGUUGACAUUUAUUUUAUCUUAAUUACUUUUUAGACAUUUAUUUUAUUUUUUAUACCACUCUUUAAGGUAUUCAUUGAUACUGAAUCCCCUUUUUUAGGCAAUUUAACUACUAAAACAAAAAUGUUACUUGUCUAAAGCUGCGUUUACACCAAAGUUAUUAUCAAAAAGUUUAUAUUUCUGUCCUUAUAGAUUCUAUAAGAUUGAACGGAACUUGGCAAACACAUAUGUUCCAUCAUGUGUAUGAUAAGUUAUGUUCAAUGUAAUAGAAUCUAUAAGGACGGAGAAAUAAAAAUUUUGUUAAUAACUUUGGUGUGAACGCAGCUCAAUAAACGUUUCAUGGCUAAUGACUAAUAUAAACAAAUUCAAUGCAGUGCGAUUGAGUUCUGUAUUUUACUAUUCUAUUUUAAAUCCAUUUGUUAUUGCUAAACUAACUAUUAAUUUCUAAUGAAAAUCAAUCUUCAACUGUAAUAAAAUACUAUACAUUUCGUAAUUUAUAUCUAUUUGCAUGUUGAUGUGUUGUAUGUAAGUCGAGCUCUGCAUUAUAAUGAAGUGUCUAAAUUUAUCAUGAUUGUCUUUUAACCAUAUUUUUGUAAUUGAAUGUUGUAUAGAUAUUGUAUGAAAAAGAUUACACUGAACUUAAGCUGUUAACAUGAAAUUAUACUAAGUACAGUAUAUUAUUGAAUAUCAAAUUUGAAUAGCUUAUGCAACUAUUUUGUUAUGUGAUAAUAAAUGAUAUUAUCUUAAUCAUUUUUUUCUAUUCGUGUCCAACUUAUAUCACUUCAUUUCAAGUCAAAAUUGUUAAAAAACAAUUCUUUUGAAUUCUGCCAGAUUUUAACUUAUUGACUAUUAUUAUACGUAUAUUCAAAUCCCUGAUCAUAGAACAUUUUUGAAACUGUCUCAAGCUUUGUUUACUUAGCAUCCGAUUACAAGAAACAAUCUAAACUGUACAACUAGGUACUAGAAUCGUUCUGAUUGGUGUACCAACCUUCAUUAUGCUAAGAACACUUUUAAAAUAGUCUCAAACAAGGCCAGAAAACCCACCUAUAGACUAAAAAUAGUUUUAUUUUCAUUCUAUAUUAGAAGGCAGCUAUGGAUGUAUGUUUUUGGGCUUUUGAUGGAUAAUAAUGUAGUUCAAUCUCACCAGACACCACCUGCUCAGUUCCAUACACAAAAGUUCAUUAUACCUUUAUAAUUAUGCACACUAUUCCGAAUACGGUACCGUACUUUAUUCGUUAUUAAUUAUAUCAUUCAACUUUCAUACUUCUUUAAGAACUGUCACCAUUGUUAAUGUUAUUUUUCAAUUAUUGUCAGAUAAUUAUUAAUUAUAAUGGAAAUAAAUUUAUUUGUGUA